UGGUUUGUUAUUGAGUUUAUGUCUGUUUGGUUACUAAUCUAAGGAGCCAGCCUAGGCGGAACGUCCUUGACCCAAGUGUCAGGCUGUUUACUAGCCUCAUAGCAGGUAAAGGGAUGUAGUUUCUUUAAUUUGUUCAAAAGUUACACUUCAUUGGAAGUACAGAGUGUAGAGAGUAGGCAAAGAUGGAUGACUGUAGAACUUUGUAAGCCUGUUUCUAUGUUUGGGAUUCAAAUAUUAAUGUUAAAGACAUGAAAGUUACAAAACAGGAAGUACAGAGUACCCAAAGCAAAAGCCAUAGUCAUGUAGCAGGGAAAAAGUUGAAAAAUAUUUCACAUAAAGCUGACCAAAUCACAGAAAUUUCCCCAAAUGGUGAGGCAGUGUCAGCAAGUCCACAUCAUCAGCAGAAAGGGGCUAAACUAUCAAAAAUGAAACAUGUAGAUGUGGUGAAUGUUGUUCCAUCUGUCAAUCAGCAAGAUUCUAUAAAUUUGUCAUCUGAGACACCUGUGCUGUUAUCUGGUGAUGGAAUUUUGCGGCAGGCACUGUUAUCUUUCAGCUACUCUGGUCAGGAAGAGAAACCACUCAGAAACAUGACUGGCAAGAAGAGUGACAGUGUAACUGAGACUCAGGCAAUUGCAGUCAGUGAUGUAAAAUUAUCUUCUUCUCCUGGUCCAUUAUCUCCUGAAAAUGUACAGGUAUCUUUCCCUUCAAAAGCAUUGACUCAUGGAACAUGUCAGUCAAAAUCAUUAUCUCCUGGAACUGUUUUAACAGGAUCUUUACCUUUGGGAAACUUGCCACUUGUUUCUUUACCUCCAGUAUCUUUCACACCUGGAACAUUUUCACAUGGAACUUUGCCUCUCAUGUCUUUAACAUCAGGUCCUCUGCCUCCUGUUUCAGAAAUUCCACGUCCAGGGAAUAUUCAUUCACUCAGAUGCUCAGCUUCAUUAUCUCCCAGGAAUAUAGUUUCAGCAGUUUUGCCAGGUCCAGGCAUUGUUACUGCAAUGCCAACCUCUUUCAGUGGUGGUUCAGGCAAUGUACCUGUUCUCUCUGAGGUUCCAGCAUAUGAAGUUCCUCAACUUGGAACCAAUUCUUUGAAAGUUCUAGUGUCACUGUCGUCAUCAGAUCACAGAUCCACUGAAUCUCAUGUCUUGACCCAGACUUCUGCACAUUCUAAAGAGAAUUCUGUUACCUUAGUUUAUUCAUCCAUACCAAAAAUGGAACCAUCCAUCUUGGAUACUUCUCACCACCUUUCCCAGAAGGUUACUCCGCUUCCGCCAAUGUCAGAAAUGAAAUCUCGUUGUACUAGUCAUCUGCGUGCAUUGUCCCAUGGCAAAGUCAAUGACUCUUCUAGUGUUUCUGUUAAUGGCCACAGUGAUAAUGGUGGUGGUACCAUUUGUAAAGUAGUACCAGUUAGCACUGAUAUUAUGUCUGUUCCUGAUUGCACAUCUCGGACUAGUAUCUCAGUACUUUCUACUCCUGUCUCAGAUGGACCCACCCAGGGUAGCAAUACAAAUCCAAUUAAAUUAGAUGAAAGUCAUGAUUCUACAGAAGAAUUGAGUCAGGUUGGUUCAGUUCAGAAUGCAUCUGUUUCACAUUCGUUAAAUUUUCAGACAAAUAGUGAUUCAUCAUCUGAUUUAAAUCAUAUCGUCAUUCCUGUUUCCAGUAGCAUUUCUUCAAGCAAAGUGGAUGAUCAUGUCCUAUCAUCACAGGAUAUUAGCCAGAUAAUUACAAUUCCACUAACUUCAAGUGCAAUUUAUGGUCAUUCUGUAGGUAUUUCUAUACCAAUUACUGAUAAUGCAGUUCCUUUGUCCAUGCCUGUGCAAGUUUCUUCUAAUAUGUUACCCAUGUCAUGCAGUUUGAUACCAGUUUCCAGCACUACAGCCGGUAUUAAUCCAGCACCUGUCCCUGCUUCUGAAACUACUGGUCAGGUGGUUCCAGCUACUGGUUCUGUUCAAUCUUACCUUAGUACAGCUGUUCCAUCAGUUAGCCCCAACACUGCAGGAACUCCAGUCCAGCAACAUUCUCACUUCUCAUCAGACAUCUCUGAUUUAGUAAGAGUGACUUCAAGUAUGGCUUUGCCAAUCUCGGUUGCAAAUACUAUGACAUCUGUAACAUCUGCAUCAACUACUGGAGUAUCUGGGGUCAUGAUUCCAGUUACUUCUAGUACAGAUUCAAUACCCGUGACUUCCAUCAGUGUGUCGGUACCUUCCUUGUCAGCGAGCAAUACAACUACAACAAUGGUAUUUGCAACCCAGAAUGCAUCUGUGGAGUCAGUUUCAACAUACGCAAUGCAAUCUCCAGCAGAGAUCUUGUCACAACUGUCGAAGGCUGGUGUACUUCCCACCAUGAGCAGCAGUCAGGUCUCAUCAGUACUGUCUGCUCUUGCAUCAGAUGGUUGCCAUUUAGACCUUGAAUCUGAAAGCCCACAUCAUGUAGAGCUAAUGACUCAGCACCAGGUAAUGCACCUGUCAUCAUCUGCAGAUAAAGUAUCAACUCUAACACAGACAGAAGAUCUGGAAUUGGGUCAUACAGUGGAGUUGGGUUGCAACAUUAAUAUAGACUCCCAACAUAACAAAGUGAUCGGUGUUUUAAAUGAGAUCCACCUUGCAGAAGGAGACAGGUUAAUGGAGCAUCACGUACACCUUUUAAACCACACAAAUGGACGUUCUGAUAUUGUUGUAGCUUCUUUACCUUCCAGUGUUUCACUUGCAGAAAAAGAGACUUCUAUUUCAAAUCUUCCUUCCACAGGUAGCACUCAGGUAUCAGAGGAAAACAGAGUCAUGAGACAUCAGGUAGACCCUAGGGUAAUAGGUUCUGUAGGAAUUGAUGCAAGUGCUAUUAAACAUACAUCUUCCAUCUGUCGUAGGACAGUUUCUAAAUUUAAUUUGGCUCCUAAUGACAUUAUAACUGCCAGUUUGACUGAAAGAGACAUAGGUUCAAAGCUUGAUAUGCCAAAACGUGGAAGUGAGUUGUUAACAAAGCCUCAUCGUAGUGAUGUGAAUUCUGAACAGCGAAUUGUUUCAGUGUUUAUAAAACAAGAGGAUUCUGAAAAUUCUUUAAAUCUUAAAGUUAAUAAUAAAGCUGGGGGUGAUGGAUCAAGAGAUAAUAUGACAAGAAAACGAAAACUGCAGGAUGUCAAUGAUGAGAAAGCUUGCAAUGAACGUACAAAUACAAAGUGUAGUAAAGAGACAAAGAAGCAAAACAUUGAAGAUGUGGAACUGGAGAAUUAUGUAGAACAAGUUGUUUGCUACAAAUGUAAAUUUUGCCCUUUUUUGACACUUGAAAAGAAAGGAGUAGCACUGCAUGUUCAGCUUGUACAUGGUUCACAGUUAACAGGUAAUCAACAGAAAAGUAGACACAACAUUAAGUGUCCUGGAUGUAAAAAUGUUUUCUUUACUUCUAAGUCUCUCAGGGUUCAUCUUUCACAAGAUCAUCAAGUGGGAGAUGAAGAAUUAAGGACAUUACUUGAAGUAGUAAUCAGAUCAUCGUAUAAGGAUGUUAAAGCAAAGAACAAGUUUGAUAAGAAAAGAAGAAAAUGCAUAGUUAAAACUCACCCUCCUGAAAUGGCUAAUGAACGCAAUGAUGAUAAAGAGAUGCCAGAUGUUACCAAUAGUAUCAUGGAAGUCAGCUGUUCUCCAACUCCUGAAGUAUUAAUUGAUGAGUGCGGCAAGAUUCGAGUGAGGAAUCUGAACAGCGAAGCACUGUCUGAGCUUGAGGAAACCCCUGCCUCUCAUUCUGACAUCACUAUUGCUAAUGAUGUUAGGGAUGAAGACAGUCUGAGUAGCAAUGGUGUGUCUGACGGUGAUGUAAGAGAGGGAACAUUGGUCAUAGAUGACAAUCCUCUGAUACAGCAGAAGCGUACAAAGAUAACACUGGAUGAUGGCUGUGAAUUGAAGAUGAUCAAGACUGAUACAGAACACAAAGCUGGAUCAGGGACCAACUCUGAAAUAGUAGUAUUUUUUGAUGCGGGAAAUAAUUCUUUGGGGCAGAAGGAGCAAAGACAAGAACUGAAGUCUAACCAAGGCACAUACCUAUCAGUAAAGAAGAAACCAGGUCGGCCGAAAGGUUCUAAGAACUUCUCUGAUAAUGGUUAUCGAAAAUUAUCUUCUACCCAGAAGGAAAUCAUGGAGAAGGAGUUGGGUUACAGAUGUGAUAUAGAUGGUUGUACAGUCCGUUUGCGUUCCCACGACAACAUUGAGUACCAUCGACGUUGCCAUCAUGAUGAGAAGUUUCUGUGUCCUGAGUGCUCGCAGGAAACAGCCCACUGGAAGUCACUCAGCACUCACCUUUGGCGUUACCAUGUGAUUGACAUGGAACUCUUUGCCUGUGAUCAGUGCAGUUAUAAAACAAACAGCUACAGCAAACUAAUGAAUCUGCAUCAUCGAAUCCAUGGGGAUGAACGACCUUUCCUCUGUGAUACUUGUGGGAAGGGAUUUAAGAACCAAAAACAGCUACGUAAUCACAAGGCUAUUCAUGUGGCAAAACAGAAGCAGAAAACUGGUCCUGGUGGAGAAUGUGAUGUCUGUGGCCGUUCUUUCACUAAUCCACGUAUGUUGCGAGUUCACAAAGAUAAUGUUCAUGGUAAAUUGCGGCCACACCUUUGUAACUUCUGCGGCUAUUCUGCCUCCUCUCGUAGCACACUGAAGAUGCACAUGCGGCUUCAUACUGGUGAGAAACCUUUCCACUGUGAUGAGUGCGAGUAUGCAACAGCAGAUCAUAAUUCUCUUCGACGGCACAAGAUGCGGCACUCUGGAGAUAAACCUUACAAGUGUCCACAUUGCUCUUAUGCCUGCAUUCAGUCCAGCACAUAUAAAGCUCACCUGAAUACCAAGCACCCUGGUAUGGAGACUGGGUUGAUGUUUAACUGUGAUUCAUGUUCUUUCCGAUCCGUACGUAAAGACAACUACUUGGCUCAUGUUGCAGAACAUAAAAAUGAGUCAUAUCCAACUAACAGACACAGAAAGCACAGUCUAAAACCUCAGAGUGAUUCAAAUAAGAAAACUCAGGAAAGAGAAAAUCCAUCCAGGUUGGAGAAGUCUCAUCUUCCAACAAUUAUCAACAUUUCCCACAUAAUCACUCCUGUGGAGUCUGGAGAAGGCACAUUACAUGAGAAUGUUGAAUCUGCUGAUGAUGUGCAGCUCAUCUACAAUGGUAGUGCUGUGGAAGGACUUCUUCAGCAAACUUCAGAGGAAGUUGAAGGGCAGUUUGGAGUGGAAAUGUCAGCUGACUCUGUGAUUCACUUGGUAGAAAAUUUGGAUGCUAACAGUGACACCAGUGGUCAACCUGUGUCACAAAAUGUGCAGACUCUAUGUGUAGCCAACAUUGAGACAGUAACAGAGAUGCCACUGACACCAGAAUUUGAAGCUGAGCAGAUUACAGGAGACAUUCAGGACAUCAAAGAACCUCAAGAACUUAAAUUCAAAAUUGGAGAAGAUGUGGCUUCAUAGAAAUUGCACGUAUUGAAAAUUUAUGUUGGGACCCAACCUUCUGUUUUAAAACUUUGAAAGGACAUGGGUGUAAUUUGUCUUCAAAGUAUAAACGUAAAUCUAUCCUGCUAUGCACUGUGUAGGUGCUCAGGGAGAGAGGAUGUAUAGCUCCUACUCAUUCUCAAUCUCGGCACUAGAUGGUACUGAGUGGUCAAUGUCAUUCGUCAGCCAUGCUUUACCCCUGGGGAAAGUACCCCUGGUACCCAUUGGACAGGAGGACUGGCUAGGCCCCAGCGCUGGUUUGGAUGCAGAGGCUAGAAGGAAAUCGUCUGCACCUGUUGGGGAUUGUGCUGCAAUCGUCCAGCCUGUAGUCAGUCACUGUACUGACUGAACUACCUGGCUCUCUUUUAUGAACUUACAGACUACAUUAUAGUGGGGAUCCAGUUACAGAUAUGUUUUCCAUGAAAAUGCUUAGUUCUAUAAUAUAACUGUUUUGAUUUCAAACUUAUUGUAGAUGUACUUAAUGGUUAUUAUAAUCUCUGAUUCGUUUUUUAUACUAUGUUCUGUCUAAGUGAGAUCACAGUACUUUUCUGUACCACAGUACAGACAUUCAGAUUGAGGCAUUUAUGUUCAAAUGUUUGCAGUAUUAUAUCCAUAUGUAUGUGGCAGCUUUUAUGACAUAUUUUCUUCAAAAUCUCCUCUCUGAUGAGAAAGCUGAGUGUAAACAAAUUAUACUGUUUACUCUCAUCUCUCUGUGUGUCUGUAGGUUCUUACUAAUUAUAUUAUCAACAGGUGGCAAAAAUUGUCUGCAUCUCUGUGUUGGCAGAAUUCAGUUUUGUGUAUACAAUUUCUUUAGUGUUCCUGUAAAUAAUGAGGAAAUCCUUAUGAUUUCACUUAAAGAGUCAAGACUAAACAUAUUGAUUAACAAUCAGUAUAAUAAGGGCUUAAAGACACACAAGUGGCCAAAUACUCAUUUAUGUAUGUGUGGGUUUUACUGUAUACGAGAUGUUCUCUGUUAGAUUCUAUCAUGUUGUGCAUGUAUAGAACUGAUUUUGAUAACAAAGUAUUAUUGUACAGUAUAUUUAUUUUUGUAAGCAUAUGUGCAUAAAUAAAUAGAUAUUACUUUUGUAUGGAAACUAUUAGCCCAUUAUUUAUUAGAUGUAGAAGGAGAAGCUAAUGUCAUUAUGUAUGUACCAACAAGGUAAUAUGAAAUAUCAGGGCAGUUGAUGUCUUUGUUAGUUUUUAUUUUUGCUAUAAGUGACAUGUCAUAUUUCAUGUAUAUAUAGAUCAUAAAUAUAGGUCAGAAUCAGAAA